CGUCUUUCUCAAUCGUCGUUGUGGCUUUUCCAUAAGCGAAAAAUUCUAUUUCAAUUAAGUUUGGAAGCUUUGAAUAUGCUGAUUUUAAUUGUUUAACAAUAAAAUUCUUUGAAUCUGGACAUAAAGCUUCAUAAAACACUGAAAUUACGACUGGCGAAUUUUUGAUUCUUGCAAAUUCUAACUGAUCCUGUUCAUUGAAAACAUAUCUGAUUAAUGACAGCAUUUAAAUAAAGUAAAAUUUACUUACUUCAUGAAUAAUACGGCUAUUAUAGUCAGAUAAUGUUUUGUAAGCAUAAUAAACUAGGAUGAUUACAAUUAAUCCUACUAAAAUUCUGUACCUUGCCUGACCACUCAAACGUUUCAUUUUACUAUUUAUAAGAUACCCGAUUGAUGAUAUUUAAACAGAUGGAUAUUAUCUGAUCUAAUAUUAGCAAUGAAUUAAGUGCUUACUAAUGCCUUUAAUACUAUACUUUCAUGAUUGCACUUUGUGUAUUAUGUGAAAAAUAAACACAGUACAAGUGUUACUUUUAAACUAGUUGUAGUACUAUCAAAGUGAGGUGCUGCAUUAUACAUCCAUAUUUUUCAGACGCAUUUCUUAUUAAUCGAAGAUUUUUUUUUUCAGUGAAGAUUAUUAAUCUCUAUCGGUUUUUUGAAAUUUGAAUACUAUGGAAAUGAGUGGAAGAAAAUUUAAUGUUUUACAGCAAUUAAGCUUAAUAUUUGAGCAUAUCCCUCAAUAGACAGCCAAAUAUCAAAUCAAAUUGAAUGCUCUAAUACAAUUGAAUGCUACAUAAUACAGUGGGAUGUCAAAUAAUUAGAAAUAAAACAAUUUGUUUGGUGAUUUUAAUUGGAACCAAGGGCUGGAAAAACGUAAACAAUCUAAAAUUUCAAUUUUCCAAUUUUAAAACUUCUACUUUAUUUAAUGAAAAAAUGGAAAAUAAGCAGAUUGUUUGUGAAGUUUGCGGUGAAUUAGUAGAUGAGGAUAAGUAUAGAAGGCAUCUAAAUAAUGGACAUAAAGAUAAGCGAGAAUUUCGAUGUGAUUUAUGCGGAAAAGAAUUUACAAGUAAUUACAAUCUCCAAUAUCAUGUUGCACAUCAUUUGAACGAGAGAAAUUUCGUUUGUACGGAAUGUCCGAGAGCAUAUAAUACAGCAGCUGAUUUAGCUCAGCACUAUCGGAUCCAUGAAAAGCAAAGAGAUCCAUAUAAAUGCGAAUACUGUGGUUUAGCAUUCCAAAUAAGAAGCAGAUAUAACACACACAUGAGAGUCCAUAAAACUGAGCGUGGAAAAGGCCCAAAAGAAUGUCCCAUUUGCAGUAAAAUUGUUCAGGAUCUGCGAAGGCACAAUGAAACUGUCCAUUUGAAUAUCCGAAAUCAUGAAUGCGACCUUUGUCACAAGAGAUUCAAUAAGAAAUCAGGUUUGGAGCGACAUUUUCUGAUGGUACAUGAACAGCAAAAGAAUUAUAUUUGUGAUUUAUGUGGAAAGGCAUUUGGUGAGAAAUCACUGCUUACAAAACACAAAAGUAGACACAAUUCCAUCCGAACAUCAUUCUAUUGCACUGUUUGUAAAAAGUAUGUUGGGGAGAUCAAAAAUCAUUAUGAAACCAUUCAUGCUGAUUUACCAUUUCAAUGUGAACAUUGCUAUCGACGGUUUGCCAAAUUAAGAGAAUAUGAUAAUCAUUUAACGUCAAAACAUACAAAGUUAAGAAAAUGGCUGUGUGAUUUAUGUGGUAAGAGAUUUGUCGAGAAAUAUCAACUAAAACGACAUUUUCGGUCGCACAUUAAUGUUAAUGGAAUAACAGAAGCUGACAUUUCUAAACUCAAGCCAAUUUAUAUUGGUGAGGACAGAAAGGAACGAAAAUCACCUACUAAAACCUCUUCAAAUAAGACCAAAUAUAAGAAGUAUGAAUGCAGUUUAUGUGGAAAGAAGUUUGCAGGAAAAACCCUGCUUAAAACACAUCUUAUAAGGCACCAGAAUAAGAAGGAAAAUUAUUGUAAUAUAUGCAAGAUUUAUGAUGAUAAUAUUAAGGAGCAUUACGAAACUGAGCAUAAUGAUCUCGAGUUCACUUGUGAGAUAUGUUUUAAAAAGUUUGCAAGAAGCUCACAGCUUAGAAAUCACAAUUCUACAAAUCAUACAAAUAUUGGUGAACAUUCUUGUGAUAUUUGUGGAAGAAUCUUUAAUAAUUUAGCAUCCAUAAAAUCACACAUUACGGUCCAUGCCAAAUCUGAGACAAUGGUGCAGUCGGAUGAUGAUUACAAUGUUUUUGAACAAAUAAAUGAUUUCGAUGAUGAGGAAAGUGAUUAUUUUGAGCAUGAAACAAAGCCUAAUGAUAUUGAGAAUGUCAAUGUAGAGUCGAUUGUUAUUAAAAAGGAACCAGAAGACGAAUAUGAUAAUAUUUGCUAUGAAUUUUCUCCAACAGCAAUUUCAAUAAAGAGCGAGCAUUUAACAGAUCAAGAGGAUAUUGAUGCUUUCGAUAAUGACUUCACGGAUGAUAUAAAGGAAGAAACAGCAAUAGAACCAGAACUUGAAAUAAAAAAGGUUGUCAAAAAGGAAAUUGAUCAAGAAAUUAAGUGUAAUGUUUGUGAUGCAAUAUUUCCUUCAAAAGACAAGUUCAAGACACACUUUAUGUCUGAGCAUGUUGAGAGUAAUAAAUCGUCAUUUUCGUGCAAGGAAUGUGAUAAAUCAUUUAAGGAUAAAAAGUCUCUUAAUAAUCACUUUAAAAAUGUUCACAUUAAAAUAGACUGUGAAUAUUGUAGUGAAAAAUUCACUUCUAAAUAUGAAGUUGAUAAGCAUGUUAAGGCAGAGCAUGAAUCUAGUGACAAAGCUUCAUUAAUGUGUAGUUUUUGUGGUAAAAUUCUAAUGACUGAAAGGAACUUAAAGCUUCAUAUUCAGGCAAUUCAUAGCGGUGACAGAUUUCCAUGUACAAUUUGUGAUAAAAAAUUCAGCUAUAAAUCAGCGAUGUAUAGGCACAGAGACAGGGAGCAUAAAACUGGUCGAAAGCAUAAAUGCAGCAAAUGUCCUCAACAAUGCGCUACUAAACAUGAACUACGACUACAUAAGGAACAUCAUCAUAAUGUUAACCGAAAAAAUACCUCACCAGAACAUAUGUGCUUUUAUUGUGGAGUUUGCUUUCCAUCCAGUUACGUUUUAUCUCGUCAUAGACGAAGAGUUCACGGUGAUGAAGAUCCUGAAAUUAUUCGAGAAUGUGGAAUAUGUAAGGAAGUCCUUAAGGAUCUAUAUUGGAAACGAAAACAUAUGGCACAAGUUCAUUUAAAUGGAAAAAAGUUAAAGAGAACUUGUGGAUAUUGCAAGACGGAAUUCGAGCUGUAUGAAGAGUUUAAGGCACACAUUGAAUCCCAUGUUGGUCUUUUCAUUUGUAUUACUUGUGGAGAAUUUCAUUUUGAUGCUGAAUCGCUUAAAUCUCAUCAAUAUACUCAUAAAAAGAUCGAUUGUAAUUUACGCAAGUACAUUUGUGAUCAUUGUGGACACCGUCUAUUUACCAAACUUCAACUAUCAAUGCACAUGCUGAAACAUGUCAAAAGCUUUGAAGUUCAUUAUUGUGAUAUUUGUGGGAAGGGCUUUAAAUUUGCAUCGUCACUUUAUACACAUCGUAAAUAUCACGGAGAAGGAGAAUUUGUCUGUACAUAUUGCGGAAAGAAGUUUGCCAGGAAUUCCGAUCUUGUCAAUCACAUUCGAACUCAUACAAAUGAAAAACCUUUUAAGUGUCAAAUAUGCGAUCGAGGAUUUUCACUUAAGCAAUUACUUCAAUAUCACCAACAAACUCAUCCAGAAACUAGAGUCAUGUUUAAAUGCAAAAAGUGCGAUGAUCAAGUGUUUGCAGAUAAGAAGCAAUUAACCAUCCACGAAGAUCACGCUCAUCCUGAAUUACGUCCUUAUCGUUGUUUCAUAUGUGAUAUGUCGUUUAAACAUGAUCACAAUUUAAGGAAACAUAAUGCACAUAAGCAUCUGUAAAGCAACAAGUUAUUUUUAAAUCACUUUUAUUUACAGAAUUCAUUAGGGAAACUAUUUUUUUGAGUAUUAUAGGCACAGUAUAGAUGUACUAAGUUUAAUUAAAUAUC